CAAUUACUCUCACAGGCAUCCCUUGUAAAGCUUUUCUGUGUGUUCUGCAUCUCACACAACGGUCAUCUUUCUAGCUCUUUUGCUCUUCAACAGAGAGGGAAGACAAAAAAACUGUUUCAGAGAUUGGGUAACAAUGGAUUUUUCCGUGCCAAAGCGCUUGUGUAGAAAGGGUUUUCGCAGUGUGGUGAAAUAUGUGACGAUGAUGAUGAGAAAGAGGGCAAGCAUGAAAAGAUUGGAUUACCAGUUUUCUUUCACCACCACCACCCCUCUGAAAUGGCAGAUCAGUACUGCGACUUCUAAAUGGGCCUCUUUGCGCUCUCUAGUGUUGGGUUGCACUCAGCGUUGGGAGAAUAGGACGCUUUCUCUCUCUCUUUCUUUUCCGCGCUUCAGCAUUGAAAAUGCUCCUUCUCAUUAUUCCUCUGAGUCUGAUCACGAUCACACCAACAAGGAUAAGAAAGUGGAAGUUGAUAGAGAAGCGGAGGAUUUUAUUGCCAAGUUUUAUAAGGAGAUGGAAUUGCAGAGGCAGGAUUCUUUUCUCAAAUGGCAGGAAAUGCUUGGCAGGGGUACAUGACUGUUUUUUCCUUCAAUUUUCUUACUCACUUCAUUGUUUUGGAAUAAGGAGCUCAGAGUAGUGCAAAUUUGCUGCUUUUUUAAUGAUUUAGUGAAGAGCAAGAAUGUUGCAGCACUCAGAGGAUCUAUGUGGGUAUUUGGCACUGUCAAAGUCAAUGAAGAUCCAAGGUUUUUUAAGCUGGUGUGAUGAUGGCCAUUGCAAAAGCGAGCUUCUUUUAGGCCGUGAGGACAUCGCUUUUCUUCAUAUUCUUUUACAGACAUUAUCGUGUGUAGUGUGUAAAUGCUCUACGAGGCUUUUUACUUUUACUGAAACGGGUUAUAUUUGGUUCUUGAUGCUCACUCCAUGCUGGGCUUUGUUUUGACCAGGCGUUUAGAAUUUCUCUGUAAUCUUCGCAAUUGAACAUAUGGCGGAGUUUUUUUUUUAUUCAGCUAUCCGGCAUUCAUUGCAAUCUGUUUUGUUUUAAUAUAAUAUUUUUUAAUGAAGGGUUUGCAUUUGAGCUU